AUGUCUCAGUCUAAGCUGUUAGUAAUAUUUCAGUUUACUGGGAAUACUUCGUUUAAUGUAGCAAUCAGUUCAAGGUGCGUUUUGUUGGUUGCAGCAUCCAGAGUAAGCAAAGAUCCUCCUGUCGCUUUUGCACUAAUUCGACCUCCUGGUCACCAUGCUGUUCCAAAGGGGGCCAUGGGCUUUUGUGUGUUUGGAAAUAUUGCUAUUGCUUCUCGUUGUCCUCAAAGAAUGCAUGGAUUGAAAUGUGUUUUUAUCAUAGACUUUGAUGUUCAUCAUGGAAAUGAAACCAAUUAUGCCUUCUACGCGGACCCAGAUAUAUUUUUCCUUUCAGCUCACCAAGCUGGAAGUUAUCCAGGGACUGGUAAGAUAGAUCAAAUUGGUAGUGGAAAUGGUGAAGGAUCAACACUAAAUCUCCCUUUACCUGGAGGAUCAGGUGAUACAGCAAUGCGAACAGUUUUUGAUGAAGUUAUUGUACCAUGUGCUCAAAGGUUCAAGCCAGAUAUAAUCCUUGUUUCAGCUGGGUAUGAUGCCCAUCUGUUGGAUCCACUUGCCAGCUUACAAUUCACAACAGGAACAUAUUACAUGCUAUCCUCCAGCAUUAAGCAACUUGCAAAAGAUUUGUGUGGGGGACGUUGCGUGUUUUUCUUAGAAGGGGGAUAUGAUCUCAGUUCUCUGUCAAAUUCAGUUGCAGAAUCAUUUCGUGCUUUUCUUGGGGAUCAGAGCUUGGCUUCAGAGCUAAACAAUCCAUCCUAUUUGCACGAAGAACCAUUGAAGAAGGUUAAGCAGAUUAUUGAAAAAGUGAAGCACAUACAUUCCUUUUGA